AUGCCUAGUCUCUUUGAAAGGGUUGGUCGUGGAGAUGACUUUAGUGUUAACGAUGUCAGCAAUUCCGACCCACUCGAUUUAGACAAUCCCCGGGAUGUCAAAGGCACUCAGAUGGGAUUUGCAGAGUUCAUGACCAGCACUGUAAUUCAACGACGGCAAAGCUGGAUGAGAGCUGCAGAAUUCGAUCACCCCCCAUUCCUCCAAAGAGUACCAGGCUGGAAUACUCGAAACUACAAUAAGAUCGGGUUUGAGGCUAUACACGUAAACAGUCCAGACUACAUCCCUGGAAACAGAAAUUUCAUACCGACAUAUAUUAUUUUUCCUCAUGACGCAGCGAUACCUUCACGCGCAGAUUUUUUCAAGAUGACGGAAGUUGUGGUUAGGUUUAUACCACCUGCCAGAGUUCCAUCACGUUGUUCAGAAUUAGCAAGCUUGACAGGAAGAUGGUCCGAGACUAAUAAAAUCCUCAUUUUUCGGCACGACCUGAAUCCGUUAAUGUAUACUCAUGGGCCUGAUGUGCGACAUUAUAAGGAUGGGGAGCCUGCGAUUGAGGGUCUCUAUUUUUGGGAUUGUGCAUCAGCUUUCGCGAGAAUAUGUCGUAGGGUUCAAAAUUCUGGCUCUGUUGUAUAUCAAUCUUCUGCUUGA